AUGGGAAGAUGUGUUAUAUCCAUCCGAAGACGAUCUCCUUUCAGAUUACUUAUCUUAAUCACAUUAAUUUUCUUUUUAAUAUUGGUUAUAAUUUUAAUACAAAAGAGGCAGUUGGUUGAUACCUCAUAUAGAAUGAAUGUGCAAGAAAAUACAAACGACAAACUCGCGAUAAAUACAACUAGAAAAAUAGAAUGCCAAACUAAAAAAGAAGUUGAAACUGUCUAUACACAGAUGAUUUAUAAAGAUGUAAUGGGCAAGGACUUGUUCAGUAUGAGAACAAAAGAUGUCAGUGUUUUGAAGAAAGUUUGCAGCGUUCUUGAUUCAUGUAAAGGGUUCAAUAGCAAUGGAUGGCUGAAGAAAAGUGUAUCACCCUUAGUUCAAGGGGCAACUGAUCUCUUUAUUAAGGAAAACGUUACGGUUAUAAAGGACUCGCUCACAAAUACAAACAAUAUAAUGAAACUGGAAUAUGAAGAAAUGAAAUCCAAUUUAAAAAUCUAUAUAUAUGAUAUAGACAUAGGUACAAAUAUGAAGUCACCGAAGGAUUAUAAAUAUGGUGUGGAGUCGUUAUUUAUUAAUCUGCUUCGUAAUAGUAAAUUCAGAACUCAGGAAGCCAGUGAGGCAACGUUUUUCUUCAUCCCUUCACGGUGCACUGCGUACAGAUAUUCGGUGUCCGACCGUGACCAAGGAGGAAAAGUUGCAGAGGAAACGAUGAAAGAUAUCCUACAAUAUAUUAAAUCAACAUUUCCUUACUGGGAUCGGAGUGCAGGAACAGAUCACUUCUAUAUAUGCAGUCAUGACAUGGGCGGAGAAGUCACCAAACAAUCAAUUCCAAAUCUGCUGAAAAAUUCCAUAGCUCUAUUAAACACGGCAGAUUACGAAGAUCGUUAUUUCAUGCCACACAAGGAUAUCUCUGUACCACCUCAUCCCGGUAAACCACCAGUCAUCAUGCCAUCCGUUGGUCAUGGCGGUAAAAACGUCAAGCCAUCGUCAAGAAAUAUAUUUGCAUCAUUCGCAGGCACAUUAGAUAGGGGUCGUGUACGUCCUGCUGUACAGAAACUCUGGUCUAAAGAUCCUGAUUUUCAGCUUAUAGAUGGAAUGCUGACAGAUGAGAAUUACAAAAAGUUGUUGGAAUUUAGUAAAUUCUGCCUUAUCCUACGAGGUCAUAGGGUAUGGAGUCCUCGUUUAAUGGAUUCAGUCUGGUUUGGUUGCGUUCCUGUGAUCAUUGCUGACUACUAUCAUUUACCGCUACAAUCUGUUAUUGACUGGCAGGAUAUUGCGGUUAUUAUUCCAGAAAGUAAGGUCCCAGAGUUAAAAUCAAUUUUAAUGUCCAUAUCAGAAGAUGAACUCUCUCGCAAACAAGAGUUGAUAUCUCAGAUAUACACUUAUUUAUCAUGGAAUAAUCCAAGUCAAGAUUACGAUGCAUUUCAUAUGGUACUGUAUGAACUAUGGCAAAGAAGACACAUUAUGCGAUAUUACACAUAA